CUCAAGGCUACACCAUCUUAAAAGCGCUCCAGGUUUGUGCAGAAACCAGCUAGCAAUGCCAGGAUGGCGUCCAAGAAAUCUCCACGGUUUCUUCCUCUUCUCCUCUCCUAGCUUUGGUUCUCCCCUGUCCAUUCAGUAACUGAACUGACAAUGUCACAAUCUUGACGUGGUUUAGCCCCAUAUUUCGCGGUCAGAUUUGGCGAAUAUAAACUGGAAUUUGGUGGAAAAGAGACGGGGGGUUACAUCAGGAAAGCGUGUAAUCCAAUGCAAAAAUGACAUCAACUCUUGUAAAGAAAUAAAAGAGAAGAAAAACUUCUCUCUAUAUAUACUCGUUCUGAACUUUCUUCAACAUCUGCACUGACAAAUUCUGCACAGAAAGUCAGGUGCAGAAGAAUUUUGCUAUCAAUGGUGGUGGAGAUGGCGCCAAGAAUGGGCAGUGGUCGUCGUCUUCCUCCUCUGGCCCGAGUGGUGCAGCUGGUCGUGCUGCUUGGGUUGGCUUGCCGGCUCCGGCGAGCGGCGGCGGCGGCAGCGGGUGGCCGUGCCGGGGACAGGGUGGCGCGUCUUCCCGGGCAGCCGCUGGUGGACUUCGCCAUGUACUCCGGGUACGUGACGGUGGACGAGCAGGCCGGGCGCGCGCUGUUCUACUGGCUGCAGGAGGCGCCGGCGGCGGCGCAGCCGGCGCCGCUGGUGCUGUGGCUGAACGGCGGGCCCGGCUGCUCCUCCGUCGCCUACGGCGCCUCGGAGGAGCUCGGCGCGUUCCGCAUCCGCCCCGACGGCGCCACCCUCUUCCUCAACGACUACCGCUGGAACAAACUGGCGAACAUCUUGUUCUUGGACUCGCCGGUCGGCGUCGGGUUCUCCUACACCAACACCACCGCCGACCUCUACAACUCCGGCGACAAAAGAACAGCUCAUGAUUCGUACAAAUUCCUGGUGAAGUGGUUCCAGAGGUUUCCGCAAUACAAGUACCGCGAUUUCUACAUCGCCGGGGAGAGCUACGCAGGGCACUAUGUUCCUCAGUUGUCCCAGCUCGUGUACCGGCACAACAAAGGCGUCGAGAAGCCAUUCAUCAACUUCAAAGGCUUCAUGGUCGGGAACGGCGUGACGGACGACUACCACGACUACAAGGGCACGUUCGAGCACUGGUGGAACCACGGGAUCAUCUCCGACGGCACGUACCGGCUGCUCAACGCGUCGUGCGUCCACGACUCCGGCGAGCACCCGGCGCCGGCGUGCCUCGCCGCGCUCAACGCCUCCACGGCGGAGCAGGGCGACAUCGACAUGUACAGCCUCUACACGCCCACCUGCAACGAGACCUCCUCGCCGGCGGCGAGGGCGAGGCAGCAGCGCCGGCUCAAGCGUGGCCACUACCCAUGGAUGACAGGGUCGUAUGAUCCGUGCACGGAGAUAUACUCGACGGCGUACUACAACCGGCCGGAGGUGCAGACGGCGCUCCACGCCAACGUCACCGGCAUAAACUACACAUGGGCUACGUGCAGUGACAUCCUGAACAACAACUGGAGAGAUUCGCCGAGGACCGUGCUUCCGAUCUACCAUGAGCUUAUUGCAGCUGGCCUAAGGAUAUGGGUCUUCAGUGGAGACACGGACGCUGUCGUUCCAUUGACAGGAACCAGAUACUCCAUAGAUGCUCUGGGCCUUCCAACUACCAUUAAUUGGUACCCUUGGUAUGAUGCCAUAAAGGUUGGUGGGUGGAGUCAAGUAUACAAAGGGCUGACCCUGGUGACCGUCCGAGGCGCAGGGCAUGAGGUGCCGCUACACCGGCCGCGCCAAGCUUUCAUACUCUUCAAUCACUUCUUGAAGGGCAAGCCCAUGCCCAAUGCACCUACAAUUAAAAGCGCCCAAGGAAGUGUAAAUUAAUAUUAUCUUUUAUUGUAAUUGAAAGGUUAAUAAAA